ACGCGCUGUCCCACUCCUUUUUUACUGGAGUGCACCACAGACAGACAUACACUGAACCGGCAGCAUCACGCAGGUUUUGCGGUAUAACGACUUGUGAGGCGCUUUUUCCAAGGAAUAAAUUCCCACCGCACAGAUCAACACCUACUGCACCACAGAGGAGCAGAGAGUUACCCACAGGUGUUUAGCAGGCGCUCGGCGGGGCGGGAUGGACUACAGUUAUGAUACGGACUUGGAAGAGUUGUGUCCGGUGUGUGGGGAUAAAGUUUCUGGCUAUCAUUAUGGUUUAUUAACCUGCGAGAGCUGCAAGGGCUUCUUUAAGAGGACCGUACAGAAUAAUAAACGGUACACGUGUGCGGAGAGUCAGGACUGUAAGAUUGAUAAAACCCAGCGGAAACGGUGUCCGUUCUGCCGUUUCCAGAAAUGUCUCAACGUCGGGAUGCGACUGGAGGCGGUGCGUGCGGAUCGAAUGCGAGGAGGGCGGAACAAAUUCGGCCCCAUGUACAAACGAGACCGGGCAUUAAAGCAACAGAAGAAAGCCCUCAUUCGGGCGAGUGGCUUAAAGAUGGCAGCCACGCCCCCUUUGCUAUCAUCACCCCAGACUGACUACAGCUUCAACACCGCACUGUCUGUCCCAACUCCAAAAACCCCUCAUCCAAACAUCGGCACCUCUGUGGUCCCUUCCGAAUAUGAACGCAGCUUGUACGCAUCCAGUUCUCUGAGCUUGUCUGUGCCCGUACCCUCCCAUACUUCUCUGCCAACUCAGUACCCAUACCCACCCUUACCUGGCCGUGCCAUCAAAUCCGAGUACCCCGACCACUACACAAGCUCAGAGCACUACACCAGUGCAAGCUCGCCAGAAUCUGUGCUAGGGUACACGUAUGUCGACCAGACGCGAGUGUUGUCGAGCCCCACCGUGGCCCCACCAGGCCUGACGGUACCAGCGCUGGUUCUGGAAUUUGUUCGCUGUGAGCAAGAUGAGCUGCAGGUGCAAAGCAAGAUAAGCACCCACUUGGCCCACCUGCAACAGGAACAGAACUCUCUGAGCGCCGCAGUCAAUCAGAAUCAGGAACAGAAGACGCGACAUGCAGCCAAACCGGAACGGCUCACCACCUUUGGCAUGAUGUGCCACAUGGCUGAUCAGACACUCUUCUCCAUCGUGGAGUGGGCACGUAGCUGCAUCUUCUUUAAGGAGCUCAAGGUAGGAGACCAGAUGAAGUUGCUGCACAACUGUUGGAGUGAACUGCUUGUGCUGGACUACAUUGCCAGACAGUUACAACAUGGGAAAGGGGACAGUGUGCUUCUCAUUACUGGACAAGAGGUUGAGCUUGCUUCAUUACUGGCCCAGGCAGGGGUCACUCUGAGUGGGAUGAUACAGAGGGGUCAGGAGCUAGUGCAUCAUCUACGAGAGCUUCAGCUUGACCGCAGAGAAACCGCCUGUCUCAAAUACCUCAUCCUCUUUAAUCCUGAUGUAAAACUGUUGGAGAACCAGCCUUAUGUUGAGAGUGUGUAUGAGCAGGUAAAUGCAGCAUUGUUGGAAUACACACUGUGUGUGUAUCCGCAAUUCCCGGACAGGUUCAGCCAGGUUCUGUUGCGCCUUCCCGAGCUCAGAGCGUUGAGCGCGCAAGCCGAAGACUACCUGUGCUACAAACACCUGAGCGGAGAGGUGCCAUGCAACAACCUGCUAAUAGAAAUGCUGCAUGCCAAGAGAACCUUCAUCUGAUAUACAUAUAAACACACAGAAAAGGCCUGAUUCUUUCACAGAUGACACUGUUAUCGGUUAUGUUAGUGAUUAUAUGUUUUGCAGCAGUGUGUGAGGGGUCGAUUUCACCUCUCACAUGCAGAAAACCUCAUCAACCAUGCCACUGUGUUUCUAAGAGAGACAGAGAGAAAAGAGAUGAGAAGAUGUCAGUGUAAAUGACUGUGUGUAAUAUUUAAAGAUUUAAUGGAGUAAAAGAUUUUAAUGUGCCUUUCCUCUCGUUACACACUCACAUACAUGCACACAUACACACACUGAAAUGUUUGGGCCAUCUCACAAGCUUUAUUAGAAGAGAGAAAAUGCACCAUUGCAGCAGUAUUGACUAGAGAUUUUUUUUUUUUUUUUUUUUUUUUUAUAAAUGCCAGAGUAAUAUAUCACAAAGAAUGAUGUAAAAUUUUUACAUUAAAUUAUGAAAAAUUUGAAAAUAUCAAAAGGUUUGCUAGAUUUACGCCAGAGACUAUUUAGCAGAAACUGGCCACUUCUAUUAAAAUGAAUGGGAGAAAUUGGAACGCCCAACUGUCAAUGGAUGUAGAAAGUAAGUCCCGCCUUACAGGUAAAAGAGCCAAUCGCCUUUGAGAUACAGACAUCGCCUGUCAAUCAACUCGAUAACAAGUAUACGCAUUAGCUUUACAAGCCUGGAAAAUUGCUUUUUUUUUUUUAGCAUAAUCUGAGGUAAAGGAGCACAAUUUAUGAUUCCAGCAUUGUCAGAUUUUACUACCGUUUUGAAAUAUGUUUUUGAUCAUAAUCUUGACCCAUUCAAGUAGAUAGGAGCUGCACUUUCAUGACUGGAAAUGGCUGAAUGUCGGAAAUAGUAUAAACUCUCAUUAUUAUGUCAAGAUAAACAAAACAAAAUUAAGCACUAAUGAAAUGAUUUUAUCAAGAGGGGCUUAAUGGCCAGUAAACUAGCUAAAAAUCACCUUCAUUAAAAUUCUAUUUUAAGCUAAACAGCAAGAGAGACAGAGAGAAGGCAGGGUCUACAUCUCAUUGAUGGCGAGUUGUCCUAGUCCCCCCUUCCAACACAAACCAUUUCCUACAGAUGAGCUGUGUUCCAAAAUCUACAGAACUACCUACCUAGACACCCUUUUUAGGGCAUCAUAGUAACACACUCCACAAAGGUUGCUUUGAAAGCCUUAUUUAGGUCAAAAUCUAAUUGUAAAUACACUAUUUUGCCUAAUACUUAAGAAUGCUAGUGCAAUAUAGUGUCAGUAGUUUAGCAACAUGCUAAUGUCAACUGUGAAAUUAACACAUUUGCUGCCACAUUUAUAACCUCUUUUGAGGUUCCAUGGCUGUUAAGGCCAGUUCACACUGCCCCAUCAAACGACAACAGACAGCAACAAACACCAACAUCCAACUGUUGUUGUGUUUUAUCAGUGUGUUCACCCUGUUGACAUUUGCUGCUGUUUGUUGGUGUCUGUUUUGACCGAUUGAACAUGUUCAGUCAGCGUUUGUCGGGUCUUGGAACGUUUGAGCAGUCUGGUAUGAUUUUACAACAACUCUGAUGUAAUCUGACUUCGCAAAUUUUUCCAUGACAAUGAGGUAGGCCUAAGCGUCCCUUUCAACUUACAGAAAAUGACACGCUCAGAUGCAACUGCGUUGGUAGAGCAGGAGAAAGGCAUUCAAUCACGAUUAAUCACAUUUUUAUAGUGAACUUGUUAAAGCAUUCCGUUCCUUCCUAAAGAAAUUAUUAAUUAGUGGUGGUUAGCUUGUUGGACAGUUAGUUUCGUAACAUUCUAAAUGCAACAAAGUGUUGGUGUUUGUUGAGCCAUUGUAAACUGGCCUUUACAAUGCGGCCUUAAAAAGCAACUGCCUACGUUAGUAGAAAGCUAGACAUCUCCCUUGGUUUUGGAACAGAGCUGAAGUCCUCUAUUCUGCCUCUUUAUUGCUAAACUCUCUAAACUCCCUGUAAAAUAGUUUGACACUCAGAUGUUUUCUGUGAGGGUUAGGUUUAGGGGUAGGGUUAGGGUUAGGGGAUAGAAUCUAUAGUUUGUACAGUAUAAAAAUCAUUAUGUCUAUGGAGAGUCCUCAUAAUGAUAGCUGCACCAACGAGUGUGUGUGUGUGUGUGUGUGUGUGUGUGUGUGUGUGUGUGUGUAUGUAAUUAUGUGUAAAUGCUGAGGAAAUGAGAGGUAAAUUAGGAUUUGUAAUUCUGCCUUAACACUAAAACUGUUGAUCCUGUGAAGCUGAGAGAAUAAAUUGGUGUAAACAACUAUUCAGACGUGCGGUUGUGUCUCAUUGUGUUCUUGUGUGAUUGUGUGUGUGAGAGAGAGAGAGAGAGAGAGAGAGAGCGAGAGCAAGAACUCAUCUCAAUAUACACCCCUCUCAAGCUUAGGCCAAGCUGAUUAUGAUAUCUCAGCAUGUUUCUGAUUGGUUUGUUUUUUAACAGUGGAGUGUUUGAUUGGUCAAGUUCUCAUUCAUGUAACAUGUUUGUGUUAAUAACAUUUGGUAGUAAUGUGCUUAAAUGUAUUGUUUGAAAUGAAUAAAUACAAAUUAUUUAAA